UCCUUCAAAAUCUGGCAAACCCAACCCAUCCAACAACAAAAAAUGGAUAAGUUUAAAAUAAUACAAACAUGACAUAAAAAUAUAAAAAGAUUCAAUAAAAUCCAUCGAAACAUGUCAUAGUCAGUUCUAUCAAUCAUUGUUCUCUUCAUUAAACCGCAAUAGCCGUUAAAAUGGAAAUAACGAAAGCCGAAUAUUUUCAUUAAUUCUUCAAUUCAUCAAAAACUCAUACUUCGAAGUCCUUAAAAAUGGCUCCAAGAGUUACAACACAGGGAUCUACUGCACUCCGUAGAAAAGACACAAUUUCGGAAAAAGGAUCAAGUAAGAAAGACAAGGCUGAUAAACGAAGAAGAGAGAAGUCAACAGCAAGGAAAACAAUAGCUGGAAAACCAGCAGCAGGGAAACCAGCGUCGAGUAGACCUGGAAAAGGUAGAAAAAGAUUAAGUAAAUCGAGAACCAGAUCGAGGUUUGGAAAAGCUACACAGGAGAAAUUGAAGGGAUGGCUGGCAACUCCGGCCGACUGGGCUCGCUUCAAUGCCUGGGCAGCAAUCAACGCGAACCCGAAGAAAAUCCCGGAACCAGAAGCCAUAGUUCGACCAUCGAGGCCGUUAUGGCAGUUUAAAAAACGGAUGAUCGUUUUGUCCGCACCGCGUAAAGCACCGGAUCCAAGCAUCAACUGCAGGGAGGAUCAAAGUGUUUCAAAAGCAGCGUUAAAAGCAGCCCCGUCGAUGCGAACGAACUUGCUCGCCUUGCCGAUUAUAAGACUUCUCGAUUAUGGACGAGUUUAUUAUCAGGUCUCACCUGCAGCGUUGGAAUACGUAGCGUCGCAGAGAAUAUGCGAGUUAAGUCAACCACAUUUUAUCAUCCCCGAGGAAUGCAAGCCACCUAGACUGAGCAUGUGUCGGCCAAAGGUUUUGGACACAGAGAGGUUGAGGAUAUUAGCCAUGAAUAAGAAGCUGCUGCACUGUCCUGAACAGCUUACCAAGGAAGAAAUGGAAGAACUUUUCACACCUCUGGGUACAAGGAGGACCGCGUUGGGCUAUAAGAUUACACCGUGGAUGGAAUAUCUAGCAUUGCCUAAGUAUAAGUCGAUCAAGGAGAGAAAAGACAAACAAGCGGUGACUUGGAAGAAAACGAUAGUAGAUGAAGGAGAGCAAAGGGGUAAAGAAGCUUUGGUUGAGCUAACGGAGAGAAGGGCGAAAGAAAUGGAAAGGGAAAGGAAGAUGAGAAAGCUGCAAAAGAAAUUGUGCGAGGAGGAGAAAGAGAAGAAGAGAAGGGAAAAAGAAAAAGAAAAAGAUGAAAGAAGAAGUAGGUACGAGGCUACGCGUAAAAUCUGCGAGGACGAAGAUAUCCUCAUGUAUGAGGCUGAACAAGAUUGCGAGCCUGAGAAACCGGAAAAGGCACCGCAUAAGAAGAAACAAAAGAAAAGGCAGACUCGCGAUGAUGGCGAUGCGAAGAAGAAAACUAAACGAAAAGGAACUGAACAAAAACUUUCAAAAGAAGAGGAAAAGAAGAAGAAGGAGGAGGAAAAGAAGAAGGAGGAGGAGGAAAAGAAGAAGAAGGAGGAGGCAGAAAGAAAAGAGAAGAUAAGGAAAAAGAAGAAAAACGCUUGGAGAUAUGCACCGUAUCCGUGCAAGCCCAUUUCACAGGACAUUAAGAAAGAAACUUUAGAGUUUGAAGCAUCUCCCCGCAUGACAGAAUUAUCUAAACCACGAGACCGCAAAGACAGAAGCUGCAGAACCAAUGCUUUCACGGUGAAAAAGGGUGCUCUGUCCGCUUCUGCUUCCGGCAGAGUCGAAGAAUUGGCAAAACCAACGAAUCCUCGAGAUCCGAUCGAAAGGAAACCACCCCGCGAGAAGGAUGCCUACGGAAAACCAAUAUUCAUAAUACCUGUUUAUGGGAAGGUGUUGCCCAAAACGAAACCGUACAAAAUGGGCGAGUGCCCGAAAAAAGAAGAGAAGAAGAAAGUCGUUAGAAAACGACCAAUUGAUCCGAUCGUUUAUGAACCAUCUUAUGAUCCUUGUAUAUACCCACAAUUAGCAAAGAGACAGAAGAUGGAAAGGAAAAGAGCUGCGAAGCUGUAUCCAAAAAUGAAAAUUAAAAGAAGAACAAGGACUCAGAUGAAGCAAGCUUCCAAAAUGACCGUAGCAGGAGAUGAAGACAAAGAAGUAGAAUUAGAAAAAGCGAGUUUAAAUGAAGAUGAAGAAGAAGAGGAGGAAGAGGAAGAAGAAGAAGAAGAAGAAGAAGAAGAAGAGGAGUAAAAACUGCACAUGAAACUCUAUGGAACCAUAAAUAAUAAUUUAUAUUCCACUCACGCGCGUGUGAAUAUGUCAUUGAAAAAUAGAAUGACAUACCUUGUAUAUUCGUUUUCCUCGGAAUAUCCGCAACGAUUAUGUAAGGUCGCGGUGUAACAACAUAUGCAUAGAGUUCUAAGUAAACAAGGAAAAUGCAUUUUAAAUAACGUCGAAUCUAGUUCACAGAAUAGAUUAAAUUAAUAGCUGUCGCUUGUACCGCUGUGUUAAUGACACAUUAUUGCCUGGUCAAUGUUCAAUCACUAUACUAUGUACAGUUAUCUAGCAAUUUAAAAAUAGAAAUCACAUGAAUCAUG